UUAAUGGCCGAGCGACCCUUGCUAUAAAUUUGGGCAUUGUAAGAGCCAGAACACAAUAGUGAAAGAGUCCAACAUAACCAUUUUUGUGUUUGUGUGAGAGAGAGAUAUACAAAAACUUCAACAAUGGCUACCCUUGUUUCUCCUCCAAAUUUCUCAGCCAAUGAAGAUGCAGAAGCUCUUCGAAUAUCUGUUGAAGGUUGGGGGACUAAUGAGAAGGCUAUCAUCUCCAUCCUGGGUCAUAGAAAUGCAGGUCAGAGAAAAGAGAUCAGGGCAGCUUAUGAACAACUUUAUCAAGAAGAUCUAAUCAAGCGCCUUGAGUCUGAGCUCUCUGGAGAUUUUGAGAGAGCGGUGUACCGUUGGAUAUUGGAUCCAGCAGAUCGUGAUGCAGUUUUGGCUAAUGUGGCCAUCAAGAAAUCCCACACUGACUACAAUGUCAUCAUAGAAAUGUCCUGCGUUCACUCUCCUGAAGAGCUCCUAGCUGUUAGAAGAGCUUACCAGCUUCGCUACAAGCACUCGUUGGAAGAAGAUCUAGCUGCACAUACCACCGGUGAUAUGCGCAAGCUUUUGGUUGCUUUGGUGACUGCUUACCGUUAUGACGGUAACGAGAUCAAUGCAAAGUUGGCAAAUUCAGAAGCUGAUAUUCUCCAUGAUGCUAUCAAAGACAAGGCUUUCAAUCAUGAAGAAAUUUUCAGGAUCCUGAGUACAAGGAGCAAGACACAGCUCAUGGCUACAUUCAACAAAUACAGAGAUGAUCAGGGCAUUUCUAUCAGCAAGGCUUUGUUGGAUGAGGAAGCUAAUGAUUUCCAGAAGGCAUUGCACACAGCCAUUCGAUGCCUCAAUGACCCCAAGAAGUACUUUGAGAAGGUACUUCGCAAUGCAAUCAAAAGGCUUGGGACCUAUGAGGAUGCUCUCACUCGUGUAAUUGUUACAAGGGCAGAGAGGGACUUGAGGGACAUCAAGGAGGUUUACUACAAGAAGAACAGUGUUCCUCUUGAACAGGCUGUGGCCAAAGACACUUCAGGGGACUAUAAGGCCUUCCUCCUUACUCUGUUGGGAAAGGAAGAUUGAAUUCCUUCUGUGAGAAAAUUAGAAUAAUCUAGCUAGUGCAGCUAUCAAGUAUGAAUGUUGGUUUUUUCUGUUGGUGUUUGAUGAGUCUUUAUAUUCUAUGUUGUGUCAUUAAUUUUCUUGCGGUGUGUAAUCUAUAUUUAUCCAUGUUCCUGGACGUGGGAGUUUUUA